CUCUUCAAUUGCCCAGCAAGUCACAUAUUUUAACACGCUGAUACAGAUACCAAUACGUUCGAAGCCAGGAGAUCUUUAGAAGGGCUUACGGGAUCUUUAUUGGGAUCAAAACGGAAAACAAAAAAAGGUUUCCAAUGAAUCUACAUGAGGACUUUAUUUUUUUCUACGUGCUCAGGUCAGCCAGAUGAACACACACAUAACAGCCCACAAAGCCAAGGUAAGGCAUCAGUGGGUCGUCCUUAUCCUGUGCUUUUAUUUGGUCUAUGCUGGUGUGCCAGGCCCAUGUAAGCACUCUGUCACCCAGGGCCAUCUCCUGAAUUUAAGACGUCUGAUUAAAAACCAGCUGCAAAAUGGUUGUUCAAUCACAUACGCUUUCACUGAACGUCAGAACCUGAGUGUUGUGUGUUAUGUCAAAGCAGCCUUCCCACACAUACUUGAGCUACUCAACACCCAGUUCAGAUAUGCCAAAGAUUCGGACAAUUAUCGUUACACGAAUUCACUGAAAAACGUGAUCUACAACAUAUAUUCCCAGGGAUGCAUCCCUUUAAUCAAUGAAGAGCUUGAGAACAGCCCAGUGAAAACUCACAUGACCUUGGCCAAGGCAGCUUUGGAGAAAGCAGAGGAGGUGAUUCGCAUGUACGUGGAUCUGAUGACAAAGAGUGACAAGCCUGUAGACUGGAACUGUGAGGAUGAGGAGUACACAGAUGAUUACCCAGAAUCCUCUACUGAACCAUUCAGCCAAUCAUCAGGUGUCUCACAAUGUCCAUGCACUUGCCCAGCAUCAAGUAGUGGAUCAACAAAGACAUCACUGCCCACAAACCAGUGGAAUAUUUACCUAAAAUCUACUCCAUUUCCACCAAAAAGACUGUCCUUUUCACCUGUGGACAACUUGGAGAGUAAUGAUGGGAGAUCUGAACAACCGAAGUCUGAAACUAAACAGCAAGGACCAAAAUCAAAGCCAGCUCAAUGGAUAUCUACUACAAUGACACCAAUAAAAGGAGAUUUAAACGACUUCCCCAUUGGUAGCUCUUCAGUUUUAAUGGAUAAAAGCUCAGAUUCAGAGAUGGAGUAUACGCCGUCCUCGGGUGUUUCCCCUUCUUUAAUAACUAUAAAGGAAUUACCUGAUUUCCUUCCUGGUACAACUGAUUUUAUAAUUCAAUCAACCGCGCCUGACCCAUAUCAACAAGACACAGGAGACAGCAUUCAGAGAAGUACUGCCAUUUUACUUGCCAAGAGGUCUUUAGAUUCCAUAAGCCAAGAAGGAUCAUCUAAUUCCCAUAACAAAUUGCUUCAGACCUGGCUUUCUACAACAUCUGACCCAACAGAUGUUUUAAAGACCGUGGAGACAGGAAUCCUUCCUGUUGCAAAAGAUAAACCCUUUCAAAUGCUUCGAAUGAGCAAACACAUGGUACCAGUAACAAGCACAGGACUGCCUUCUUUGAUAACAGACGUGCAUUUGUCCGAACAUUUGAACACCCUGGUUGAACAACUUGGUCAAACACACAGUCCUCAUGAAAAUGUUCAAAUACACACCCAUAAACCAAUAAAGGAGAAUAAAAAAAUCAUAAAACCCAUCCGUGAGACAAGACUCAGUAAAGACAGCAGAUCCCAGGAGAUCCACACUACUAAAGAUGAUCAAGAUAGAGGAAGACAGAUGAACUCUGCCAUGACAAGAAGCAGCGGUUCAUUCAUCUCAUUCAGCUGUGUACUCAUAAUUACAUUGGUGUGUGGUGGACUUCUGCUUUGAACUGUUCUGUUUAACAGACAAUUGAAAGUAAAUGUCCCAAGAGAGCUCUUUGAAAUAAAUCAAAACAAGGUCCCACAUGUUGUCAUUCAUACAGCUCAGACAGAAAAGGACUAGAAACAUAAAACCAGAAGCAAAACUAUUUAUUCAAGACAUACAUUGACAUGCAUAGUUUCAGGAGAAACCUUUCAUUGCUCAAAAUAUAUCUACAAUCAGGAUUUGGUAAGCAGGACUUGUCAUAUAUGUUAAUAUAGGCUAUGAACUAACUGUAUUUUUAAGCAUCCCUGCACAAACCCUUAUCUUAUUCUUGUUCUCUUUGCACAGCUAAAAUGAAUGUUGAAAAAAUGAAUAAUAGACAGACAAGAGUAAAAGUUUCUUUUUUUGUGCUACAAAAUACAAUAAAAAAUAAGACAAAAUGUUGAAGGCUCUCUCAUUUGUAAAUUGCUUUUAAUAAAAGCAUCUGGCAAAUGAAUAAAUAUAAAAUAUUUUGCUUGGCAAAUAUGAAUUAAUUAAGUCUUUAUUAUAA